AUGUCAGCUGUUAGUAACACUUCUGAUUGGCCCAUGUUUUCCUUCAUUGGCAUUCCUGGUCUGGAGUCUGCACACAUGUGGAUCUCCAUCCCCUUCUGUCUUUUGUAUCUGGUGGCCGUUGGCGGCAAUGUUCUUCUCCUUGUUCUAGUUAGAUCAGAACAGAAUCUUCAUGAGCCCCAGUAUUAUUUUUUGGCUAUGCUAGCCCUCACUGACCUAGGCCUUUCAUUGUCAACAAUGCCCAGUGUCUUGGCUAUCUUCUGGUUUGAUGUCCACCAUAUUGGCUUGGAUGCCUGCCUGGCUCAAAUGUUCUUCAUUCACACUCUGUCCUCUGUCGAGUCAGGAGUGCUGGUAGCCAUGGCUUUCGAUCGCUUGGUAGCUAUCUGUGCUCCUCUCAACUACAGCAGGAUCCUGACCCAUUGUACUGUUGUCUGCCUCAGUGGAGCUGCCUUCCUACGAGGGGCCACCCUGUUGGCUCCUCUGCCCUUUUUCCUCAGGACCUUUCCUUUCUGUGGGGCCAAUGUCCUCUCACACUCUUACUGCUACUACCCAGAUAUGCUGAAUCUGGCCUGUGGAGACGUCACUUUCAGCAGUGUCUAUGGGUUGGUUUGUGUUCUCUGCACAUUCGCUGUCGAUGUCAUCUUCAUCCUCGUUUCCUACAUGAAGAUCUUGGGCACUGUUAUGAAAUUGGGACUCCAAGAGAGAAACUGGAAAUCACUGCACACCUGCGCCUGUCACCUGUGCACAGUGCUGGUGUUCUACCUACCCCUCAUAAGUCUCGCAGUACUUCAUCGGUACAGUGAGGAGACUUCCCCACUUCUCUACACGACCAUGAGCAACGCCUACCUCCUCAUGACUCCGCUGCUCAACCCUCUGGUCUACAGUCUCAAGUCCCGGCAGAUCCAAGCUGCCCUGCGCAAGAGAUUUUGGGUGCAACGUGUGAUUGCUGGGGAAUGA